AUGAAGUCGGAAAAAGGUGAAAUACUUUUUCUAUACCUAUCAAUAUCAUCAGAAGCAGUAAGCGCUGUGCUUGUAAAAGAGCACGAAGGUAAACAACAUCCUGUUUAUUAUGUUAGUAAGAGUUCACUAAAUGUUGAAACUAGGUAUUCACAUCUAGAAAAAUUAAUAUUAGCUUUGAUAAUGGCCUCAACUAAACUUAGGCAUUAUUUUGAAACACAUCCUAUACAUAUAAAAACUAAUUAUCCUAUAAAAAGUGUGCUUAGGAAACCAGAAUUAUCAGGAAGAUUGGCUAAAUGGUCUGUAAAGUUAAGUGCAUUUAAUAUAACUUAUGAACCUAGAACUACUAUUAAAUCUCAAGCUUUAGCUGACUUUGUGGCUGAUUUUACUAAUGAUUUACAACCAGAAGCUGAUUUAGAAGUUAAAUUGUUAACUGAAAAAUGUGAAAAAUGGAUAUUGCAUACUGAUGGUGCAGCAAAUGUAAGAGGAAUAGGUUUAGGAAUCAUACUAAAAUCGCCACAGGGGGAUAUGUUACCUCAAUCUAUUAGUUGUGAAUUUACUGCCACUAAUAAUGAAACGGAAUACGAAGCUUUAAUAGCAGGAUUAGAAUUAGCUAAAAAUAUGGGUAUUAAAUGCUUGCAAGUUUAUGUAGACUCUUUAUUGUUAGCAAAUAAUUUUAAUGGAUCUUAUACAGUUAGAGGUGAGAAGUUAAUAGCUUACUUAGAAAUAGUAAAAACUUUAGCUAAACACUUUGAUUCUUUUAGUAUAGAACAAGUACCAAGACAGGAAAAUAUAGACGCAGAUGCUUUAGCUUAUUUAGGAUCCUCACUCAAUAUUCCACCAGAUACUAAGAUACCUAUGAUAAAAAUAAUGAAUCCGGCUAUAGAAACAAUACAAAUUAAAGCAGUUGACGAACAAGUAUCAGAAGGGUCUAGUUCUGGGGACAAUUCAGAAUCCUGGAUUGAACCAAUUAUGAAAUAUUUGUUAGAAGGAAUUAUUCCAGAACAGGAAAAUCACAGAGCUUUCAAGGUAAAGGUAUCAUACUUCUCAAUUAUACAAAAUAGAUUGUAUAGAAAAUCACUUGCAGGUACAUAUUUAAGAUGUCUGGAGAAAGAGGAAGCACAAGAAGUCAUGAGAGAAAUACAUGAUGGAAAAUGCGGAAAUCAUUCUGGAGCUAGAGCAUUGCGAGCUAAGAUAGUAAGGACAGGAUAUUACUGGCCCACUAUGAAUAGAGACACAAAGGAUUACGUCAAAAAGUGCAAUGGAUGUCAAAGGCAUGGUAAUCUAUAUCAUCAACCAGCUGAACCAAUGUAUCCCAUUGUUUCUUCAUGGCCUUUCAUGAAAUGGGGAAUGGAUAUAGUUGGACCAAUGCCAAAGGCACCAUGUGGAAGAAGAUUUAUGCUGGCAAUGACGGAUUACUUUUCAAAAUGGAUAGAAGCUGAAGCCUUUGCUCAAGUGGAAGAAACAGAAGUGAUUUCUUUUAUUAAAAGAAAUAUACUCACAAGAUUUGGAGUACCAGCUAAAAUAAUUUGUGACAAUGGUUCACAAUUCAUUGGAAGAAGGACAACUGGAUUUUGUGAAAGCUAUGGUAUAAAAAUGAUCACUUCCACUCCCGUUCACCUUCAAGCUAAUGGACAAGCAGAAUCAAGCAAUAAGAUUAUUGUCAAAAGAACAGGCUAA